AUGGCACUUACAAAUUCAGCUGUACAAGAAGUGGAUGGCAUGGAGAAAAAUGGUGGAUAUUUGAAGACUUUAGCCACUGGAAAAGGCCAUGAAAAUCCCGACGGUAACUUCGUGUUCCGAAACACGACGAAUUACCAACUCGAUCAUCAACAACAACAGCAACAACAACAGCAAUCUCUCAUCAAUUUCAAGUGUGGGAUUGAGAAUACUAUUUUGGGUCAUAAGAUGAAUAGUGAAUCUUUGUUGAGCUUUGAAGCACAAGGGAUUUGUCAAUUAGAUCACACUUAUAAUUGGGACGAUCAGCAACGUGUGAUGGAAGAUCCUAAUUGCUUUCAAACAGCUACCAAUCAUAAUAAUUACAGCCCUUCAAAAGAUCAUCAUAAUAAAAAUGGAGAUAAUGGGUCUGUUUAUGAGUGGCUUUAUUCUGAACCUACAACUGAUUUUUCUGAUGCCAUUCAAGAAGCUGAAGCAACUCAGGAUAUUAUUCUCAAUCACAAGCGAUCCCAUACGGGAGAGAGCAGUGGGAGUGUUUGUAAGAAACAAUGUACUGCUGCAGCUAAGAAACAGAAGACCAAAUCACCAACAACCAAGGAUCCUCAGAGCAUUGCAGCCAAGAAUCGACGAGAAAGGAUUAGCGAGAGGCUCAAAAUACUCCAAGAUUUGGUUCCCAAUGGCUCCAAGGUUGAUUUGGUAACCAUGUUGGAGAAAGCAAUUAGCUAUGUCAAAUUUCUUCAACUACAAGUGAAGAUCCUAGCGACCGAUGAAUUUUGGCCUGUUCAAGGUGGGAAAGCUCCAGAUAUUUCACAAGUAAAAGAAGCCAUUGAUGUCAUUCUUUCAUCUCAAAGAGAAAGAAGCUCAAGCUCAAACAGUGAAAAGUGA